AUGGUGUCUUCUACGCGGAGUUCUGACCUGUCCGAAGAUGGGCCAUGCGUACCGGAGAGAGCUCUUACGCAGAUUCCAUGCAUUCAAGAGGAUCGGGCAGGGAUAGAUAGCACAGCCGCAGGUGUCCGUGUCUGUAUUGUAAACCAGCUCCUGACAAAGAUAGAUGGCGUGGAGGCCUUGAACAAUGUCUUACUUAUUCGAAUGACAAAUCGGAAAGAUAUGCUUGAUGAAGCCCUUCUAAGGUCAUACAAUACCAGUGGACGAGAGAAUAUGAAAGUUACAAUGGAGGAUUUUAUUCGAGCUGUAUGCGAAGUUAAGCCUGCUUUUGAAACCACUCCAGUAGACCUUGAAAUGUGCAGAUUAUCAACCAACGCUGCUGCUAGCAAUUACUUAUGGUACUCUAGGCCUGCCAGCAUAGGGAGAAUCUUUAGGUAUUUCGACAGGAAAAGCUAUGGAAACAAUCCCUUGUUCUGUUUAAACAUUUCUGGGUUUCAGUGGAAAAGUGAGUACCUUCAGGGAAAUCCACUUUGGCUUCAAUACGUUAAGGUUCCAUUAGUGACUUUGGGUUACGAGAACAGUUACGAUGUGUUUGUUAAAGCACAUGGAGGCGGUCUCUCUGGUCAAGCUCAAGCGAUUACUCUCGGAGUUGCUCGUGCCCUCCUAAAGGUAAGUGCAGACCAUAGAUCACCUCUGAAGAAGGAAGGUUUACUCACUAGAGACGCAAGAGUUGUUGAAAGAAAGAAAGUCGGGCUCAAGAAAGCGCGUAAAGCACCACAAUUCUCCAAGCGUUAA